CCUUCAACUCAUUCCCCUCACUCUCAUUUCACAACACUCAAACAAAACUCCCAAGUUUUUCCCACACCUCCAAGAAAUAAAAACUCCAUUUUACACUCACUCCCUUUCAUUGUUAUUUUUUUCUUCCUCAAAUAACACAAAUUCUAAGAAGAGAAACAGAGAGAUUGCUGCAUUUUUCUUAAUGGAAGCUCUCUCUGUUCCUCUUUACAUAACAAUACUCCUUCUUCUUCUUUUCAUUUUCUUUUCCAUUUCAUUUCUUAAAAGAACGAGAAAUGAAAACCCCAAAUCCCAAAAUUCUCUUAAACUUCCUCCUGGUUCCAUGGGAUUACCUUGGAUUGGUGAAACUUUGCAACUUUAUUCUCAAGAUCCCAAUAUCUUCUUCUCACAGAAACAGAGAAGAUAUGGUGAAAUUUUUAAGACCAAUAUUUUGGGGUGUCCUUGUGUUAUGUUGGCAAGCGCAGCCGCAGCACGGUUUGUUUUGGUCACAAACGCCCAUUUAUUCCGACCGACUUACCCCAAAAGUAAAGAGACGAUGAUCGGACCGGCGGCGCUUUUCUUUCACCAAGGAAACUACCAUUCUAACCUCAGGAAGCUUGUUCUUAAUUCUCUGUCUCUUGAACGUCUCAGAACUCUUGUUCCUUGUAUCGAAGCUGCCGCCAUUUCCGCCACCGAUUCUUGGGCCGCCGCCGGCCACGUCAUCAAUACCUUCCUUGAAAUGAAAAAGUAUUCAUUUGAGGUGGGAAUUAUAGCAGUGUUUGGAAAGCUAGAAGAUGAGUACAAAGAGAAGCUAAAACAAAAUUAUUGCAUAUUAGACAAAGGCUACAACUGUUUUCCCACCAGAUUACCAGGAACAGCAUAUUCAAAAGCAUUAUCAGCAAGGAAGAAGCUUAGGGAGAUUCUGGGAGAGAUAAUAAUGGAAAGAAGAGAAAAAAGAGUAACAGAGAGAGAUCUAGUUGGUCAUCUUUUGAACUUCAGAGACGAAAAUGGUGAAAACUUAAGUGAAGAUCAAAUCGCCGAUAAUAUCAUCGGAGUUCUCUUCGCCGCCCAAGACACCACCGCUACUGUCCUCACUUGGAUCCUUAAAUAUCUUCACGAUAACUUCAAACUUUUCGAGGCUGUCAAGGCAGAGCAGAUGGAAAUUUAUAGAAGAAAUGGAGAAGGAAAGAUGCCUCUGUCUUGGAGUCAGAUUAAGGACAUGCCCUUUACUCAUAGGGUUGUAUUAGAGAGCUUGAGGAUGGCUAGCAUCAUAUCCUUCACUUUUAGGGAGGCAGUAGUUGAUGUGGAAUAUAAAGGGUACCUUAUCCCAAAGGGCUGGAAGGUGAUGCCUCUAUUCAGGAAUAUUCAUCACAACCAUGAGUACUUCCCUGACCCUCAUAUAUUUGAUCCCUCUAGAUUUGAGGUGGCUCCAAGGGCCAAUACAUUCAUGCCAUUUGGGAAUGGAGUACAUUCUUGCCCUGGAAAUGAACUUGCCAAGCUGGAGAUCCUCAUAUUGCUCCAUCACCUCAUUACCAAAUUCAGGUGGGAAGUAGAGGGAUCACAAAGUGGGGUUGAAUAUGGGCCAUUCCCAAUGCCUGUCCAAGGCCUACCCGCCAGAUUUUUCAAACAAACAACAACCAACCAAUACCCUUUCCUUUCAUAAUUCUAUAUAAAAAUCCAAUCUCUCUUUUUAUUUUUCCAAAUCUUCCCAACAAUUAUUAUUAUUAUUAUGUUUCUAAAAUUAAUGCCCUAAGCCUUCUUCACCUAAACCCUCUUCUUUUUUUUUUCCUUUUUUUUUUUUUAAUUUUCCCUCCUCACUUAGGAGUUCUCUAAUUCCCUCUCUUAUCAAUGCUUGUAUUGAUUUUUAUUUCUAGUAUUGAAAAAGAAAGGGAUGGGUUCGUAUUUGUUGUCUCUUAUCAUCGGGAGUCUUUUGCUUCUUGUUGUGUAUUAUUGUAUUAUCAAUGUAACACUCUAGUUGGUCAUAUGAGACAAUUAAAUGGAAAAGAAAUUACUUUUUCAUUGCUUUUGAGUAA